GGUUUAAGUAUAUAAGCCGGAAUAAAGAGACUAGAGUUAGAGUCAUCAGAUGAGCGGACGACACACGAGUCUGGAACACAUUAAAACAUGAUCUGCACAGUGUUGGUCUUCGCGUCAUGUCUCACGACCUUGACAUCAGCUUUAGGGAUGCACUUUAUGGAUUGUCCCGGCAAUGACAGUAAGUGUAUGACGUGGUUCUGACAUGUUUUUGCCUGCUAGCUAGCCUGGUCUACCUGGUAGCUAGGAUGGUCUAUCUGUAGCUGGCCAGGUAGAUGUGGUAGCUUGGCUGGUAUACCUCGUAGGCGGGCUCGUACACCGGAGGGGUAGGGGUGGUUCAACUAGUAGUAGAGCCGUCGCGUGACUUUUGGAGGCCCCAUGCCACUUUUUGUUUUUGUAUCCCCCCCCCCCCAUCCCUGCGUUCAGAGUUAAUAAUAGUUUAAGUUCCCCCCACAUUGAGCACCAAAUGAAGUUACUUUACUGACCACCAAAUGAAGUUACUUUACUGACCACCAAAUGAAGUUACUUUACUGACCACCAAAUGAAGUUACUUUACUGACCACCAAAUGAACCAUCCCUGCGUUCAGAGUUAAUAAUAGUUUAAGUUCCCCCCACACACACAUCAAAACGUUAGCCAUUUAAAUAUCAGAGGGAUUGCAAGAUUUGUUGUGAUGGCAAGGUCCACUUGUUGUAGGGCUGGUACAGAUAAUAGCUCGUAUACAUCAUAGCUGGUACACAUCAUAGCUCGUACACAUCAUAGCUCGUGCAGGUCAUAGCUCGUACACAUCAUAGCUGGUACACAUCAUAGCUUGUAUAUAUCGUAGCUGGUAUACAUUACAGCUGAUAUUUUAAGUUAGCUUAUGUUGUAGAUCCAUCAACACAACCCUUAUCAUUUUGGUGAUUAUUUCAUAGUCACGAUUUAAAAAAAAAAUACAAUUUGGGUAGUAAUUGUUAUUGGUAUUUUUUGUUCAUUGAUCAUUGUAAUUCCAUUAAUUACGUAAUUGGCGAUUGUUGUAAUUCCUAUUAUUACACAGUUACACAUACGCGAUUUUGUAAUUCUUAUUAUUACACAUUUGCGAUUGUUCUAAUUCCUAUUGAUUACACAAAUACGAUGGUUGUUCUUAAUUGUAGGAGGAGCUUUGUACAAUUUUAAAUUAAGUUUAAUAAUGAUUUUGACUUGGGUUUAGCAAUUGUAUUGUGUAGCAACAAAAAACCAAACAACAACAACGCAUUAACAACAACAACGACAACAACAACAACAACGACAACAACAAAACAACAAAUAUUUGUAACAAAAGGAAAGCAUACAAUCAAUUCAAACAAUCCAUUUAUACAAUUGAAUUCGAACAAUCAAUUCAAACAAUCAAUUCAAAUAAUCAAUUUUCCACAAUAAUCCGUAAAUGUAUAUUUUUUAAAGCUAUAAUAAUUAUGAUUUUUAAAAAGACCUGUUGUUUUCUUAAUUAUUUGAUUUAAAAAAUAAAAAUGAAAUUUGUUUAGUAAUCCAGACUAAUGAGAAAUUUGGCAGUAAAUUAAUUUGAACAGUGGAAUCAUGUUCAUUUAAUAUUACGAGCAUUUCAAAAUAGAACAGAUUCAAGAUAAGCGAACUACGUGCAGACGAGUUUGUCAACUUUCCAGCAGGUGGCGCUGCCAUUACAAUCCGAUUGUUGUGAACUAUGCUCCAGAAAUUUAAGACGACAUUGAAUGCUAUGCAAUGUUAUAAAUAGAUGUGGAUGUGUUUAACUGGCACCCGUGCUGAUUUUAGUCAGUGGUGCUAUGCCAGGAUGUGUCUGAAAAUGGAAACAUUGGGGUGGGGGGAUGAAAUGAUGACAUUAAAAUUGUAUAAUUAAAUGAGUCUUUUUACUACUCAGAAGCCUGUCAGUUAAACUGACACCAAAGCCAUAUAUUCAUUUAAAACAUUACUAAAUUGUCAGAUUUGAUGUUAAAGCAGUAGCAUCGUGAAUUGAAUGUGUUGAAUGACUUUCUCUGUCAAGAUGUCUUGGGUUUAUUGAGGAAUUCAAUGUGUGAAUGUCUUUCUCUGUCCACAUUGUCUUGUUUUUAUUGAGGAAUUCAAUGUGUGAAUGACUUUCUCUGUCCACAUGUCUUGUGUUUAUUAAGGAAUUCAAUAUGUGAAUGUCUUUCUCUGUCCACAUGUCUUGUGUUUAUUGAGGAAUUCAAUAUGUGAAUGUCUUUCUCUGUCCAGAUGUCCUGGGUUUGUUGAGGAAAUGCUGCACCAGUGACCAGCUGCCGAAAGGCUGUGAAUGUUUUGACAUCUCCUCAAGCACGGACUUCACCAACACCCUCUUCCACAAAGCCCAGUGCCCGGCGGAAAUCAACGUCGCCUUCAACCUUUUCACCCGGGCACACCGAAACAGUGCGACCAGGAUCAGGGUACGUCAGGGGGUCGGAUGGCAGGGUAGGUCAGGGGGUCGGAUGGCAGGGUAGGUCAGGGGGUAGGAUGGCAGGGUAGGUCAGGGGGUCGGAUGGCAGGGUAGGUCAGGGGGUCGGAUGGCAGGGUAGGUCAGGGGGUCGGAUGGCAGGGUAGGUCAGGGGGUCGGAUGGCAGGGUAGGUCAGGGGGUCAGAUGGCAGGGUAGGCCAGGGUAUCGGAUGGCAGGGUAGGUCAGGGGGUCGGAUGGCAGGGUAGGUCAGGGGUCAGAUGGCAGGGUAGGCCAGGGUAUCGGAUGGCAGGGUAGGUCAGGGGGUCAGAUGGCAGUGUAGGUCAAAGGGUCGGAUGGCAUUGGUAGGUCACGGGGCCGGAUGGGUCAAUUUCGAGAUCUCUGACAGCCUAGAUAAAUAGCUGAGACCGUCAUUCCCAGUUACUUAGAUCUAUCAAAUGGGAUUGCCGUGAAUACAAGAACUAAGCUACUUAAAUAUUUUUUACAAGUCAAAUCUCCAUAGCAACAACCACAACAAAAAAAAACAAAACAAUAAUAUCAAAAAUUAGAACAACAACAAGAAAAAAAAGACAUUCGUUUUCGGAUCAAUUACCCUGAAUUUGCUCUAAACAUAAUUUGAUUUAGAUUGGCAAUCAGAAACCAGUCUGUGCAGAAAAUAACUGGACGCUUCCGUAAAUGUGUGGUUGUCGAAGAUUCUAUUAUUACAAGAGUGAUAACUCGGGGAAUGACCUGUCAAUGGUAACAAACUGUCCAGAGUCUUCCGGGGAGGGGCUGCCAGACGGGACAUGACACAUUGUUGUUUAAUAAUUCUAUUUCCGUCAGUCAGGGGAUGCCAAUAUUAGGAGCAGCCCUUACAACGGUGCCAAGAAGACCGUCUUUGUGGCUCACGGCUUCACGGACUUUGGGUCUGCUCCCUGGUGUCUGGGCAUGAAGAAUGCACUCUUGGAUGCGGUAAUUCUUUUCUUGUUCUAUGUAUCAUGUAAUCUCUUGUACAAACUAAAACCUUAAUCUUCAACUUGCUGAUAUAUUUCCUACACAUUUCAGCCCAAUAAACUUUCUGCUGCAUAUUUCAGGGAAUAAAACCUUAUGAAAAAAAUUGAAUUACUCUCUAAACCACCUCAUCAGAAAAUAAAGGCUUGUAAUUAAUCUCUAAACCAACUCAUCGGAGAAUAAAACCAAAUAGUUACUCUGUAGGCCAUCUCAUCAAAAAAUAAACGCUUUUAAUUAUUAAUCUCUACACCAACACAUCAGAGGAUUAACACUUACAAUUACUCUCUAAACCAACUCAAAGAAUAAACACUUAUAAUUGCUCUCUAAAACCAACUCAGAGAAUAAAAUCUUAUAAUUACUCGCUAAACCAACUCAGAGAUAAAAAUCUUAUAAUUAUUCUCUAAACCAACUCAGAGAAUAAAAUCUUAUAAUUACUCUCUAAACCAACUCAGAGAAUAAAAUCGUAUGAUUACUCUCUAAACCAAUUCAGAAAAUAAAAUCUUAUAAAUACUCUCUAAACCAACUCACACACACACCCAUAUUUCCCCAUCACAACCAACGUAUCCACCAAGUGUGUCCACCUUGUUGCCUGCCAAUGUCUUCCUUGCAGACGGCUGGGCCACGACACCAAUCCUCAGAGUAUAAGCGCACCGCUCACGUCCAAAGAAAGCACACGGCGAGAAAAAGCAAAAUUAACCCAAGACAUACUAAGACCCAAACCAACGUGCGGCACACGUCCGGGAAAGCGUUUCCAGCCACAGGUGGGGGCUGACAGGAUACCUGCGUACUCAUCGUCGCCUGUGAAGGACGAACAACAACAACAACAACAACAACAACAACAACAACAACAACAACAACAACAACAACAACAACACAUCACUGUAGAGACCGACCGAAAGUGAUUUUCUGAUUUCAGCCGAAGCCGAAAAUAGCCCGAACGUUUAAAAUGACUUUCGGCCGAAACCAAAAAUAGUCCGAAAGUUAAAAAAUGACCUUCGGCCGAAACAGAAAAAAGACCGAAAAUUAAAAAUGAAUUUCGGCCAAAGCCGAAGCCCAAACCGAAGCCGAAACCGAAAAUGAAAUAUUUAGAUAUUUUGAAAAUCUUACAGCAUGCAUUCUGCAUACAGCGAAAAUGAUGGGGGAAAGUAUAAAUAUUUACAUUCUUUUUAUAACAAAUGAGAUAAUCGUGAAUACUAAUAAAUAAAUAUCUAAUAUAGGGGUCUCAAACUGGCGGCCCGCGAGCCAUUUGUGACCCGCAAGACGAUAUUUUGCAGGUCACUAGAUGAUAGAAAAGUUUAGUGUUAAUGCGCCGGCCCGUUUCCCCCAUUCUCAUAUCUAUAACGUGACUCUCCGCGACGGUUUGAGUCGAAUCUCACCGACUAGUCAAAUUCUGAUUUUUUAAAAAUGUUUCUAUAUUUUUUUGUAUGAUUAUAAUAUAAGAACCGUUUUAAACUCGGAAUAAUUUUUUUUUUAAUUUUAUAGCUUUUUAUGAGACAAACAUGGCAAAGAGUGCGGCUUUGAGAAAAAUUUUGAAAAGUAAAUUGCUUCCUCACUCAAGCCAAAGCUGCUCAGCUGUGUAAAAAGAAGCGCUGUCAGGUCUCUGGCAACAGUGAGUAGGUGGAAGAAAGUGAAUCCUAGUUCUUGAGAACCCUUAAUAUUUUUAUUGUUAUUUAUAAAGGUUGAGCAUAUUGUAACAUUUGUUAUCGCUUUUUUUGUGGAAUACUUGAUGCGGCCCACUCUCAUUCAGGCACUACCUCCUGCGGCUCCCCUGAUGUUUUGAGUUUGAGAACCGUGAUCUAAUGAAUACUUUGGAUGUGACCAAUUUAUUAUAAAAGUAUUAAAAGUAAUUUUAAUUGAUUUACAAUUUUUAAAAAUUAGUAUGGUACGAGAAAAUUUGGCAAAAAUUGGAGGGUGGGGGAAAUUAAUGCAAAAUAGACUCUUGAGUGCCUUUGCUUUUGUAAUAUACUUACAGCCUAGAACAUAUACCUACAACAAUUAUUGUGGCUCUAUUAGAGCCAAUUGCCACCUAAAUAUAUGUUAUUGCACAAUGUUUUGCUGUUUUCGUAAUACUAAUGCUUUGUGUUUUCAUCAAUAGCUUGCAAGAUUUCACUGUAUUAAUAUUCAACCUAGUAAUAACACACUAGUAUUUCCGUGCUGGUGACGUAAUUAUUUCGUUCGGAGACUAACCUGAGUCACCCCCAUUGGUGGUGAAAAUGAUUUUUUUAAAACCCUGUCUCUUAAAAUUGUUGUUCUGAUCAUGGUUCUAAAAGAUCGCUUAAUUUGUUCUUAAAGGUCUCUUAUUUGUUUUAAAAGAUCGUUUAGUUUGUUCAUAAAGAUCCCCUGGUUUGCUGUUAAAGAUCGCUUAGUUUGUUGUUAAAGAUCGCUUAAUUUUUUCUUAAAGAUCGCUUAGCUUUGUAUAAAGAUCUUUUUGUUUGCUCUUAAAGAUCAUUUAGUUUUUUUAAAUAGAUCUUUUAGUUUGUUAUUAAAAAUCGUUUAGUUUGUUCUUAAAGAUCGCUUAUUUUGUUGUUGAAGAUCGCUUAGUUUUUUCAUAAAGAUCGCUUUUUUGUUCUUAAAGAUGAUUGAUUUUGUUCCUUAAGAUCGAUUAGUUUGUUCUUAAAAAUAUUUUAGUUUGUUCCUAAAGAACAUUUAGUUUUAUUAUAAAGAUCGCUUAGUUUAUUCUUAUAAAUCAUUUAGUAAACUAUUUAAGAUCAUUUGUUUUGUUCUUAAAGAUCAUUUAGUUCGUUCUUAAAAAUCGAUUAGUUUAUUCUUUAAGAUCGUUUAGUUUGUGUUAUUAAAGAUAGUUUAGAUUGUUCUUAAAGAUCGCUUAGUUUGUUGUUAAAUAUCGUUUAGUUUGUUCUCCUAAGAUCGCUUAAUUUGUUCUUAAAGAUCGCUUUAUUUGUUUUUAAAGAUCACUUAGUUUGUUGUUAGAUAUCAUUUUCGCUGAGCAUUAGAUGACCGAAAACCUGAUACACUUUCGGCCGGAUGGCCGAAAGUUUAAGUCAAUUUCGGCCGAAACCGAAAAAAACGAAAGUUAACUUUUCUCUUUCGGCCCAAACUGAAAUUAAGCCGAAAGUUAUUUUUUCAGUUUCGGCCGAAAUAGAAACUUGGCCGAACGUAAUAAAAUGGUCACUUUAGGUGCCGAAACCGAAGCCGAAAUUCGGUCGGUCUCUACAUCACUGUAUUUUUCCAGUGAGCAGUAAAGCUGGUAUGAGGCUCCUUCUCAUUAACACCAAUGGAAGCACUCCUUCUCAAAACACAAAUAGACGGACUCCUUCUCACAGCACCAAUAGAUAGACUCCUUCUCAUAGUUCCAAUGGACGGCCUCCUUCUCAUACAACCAAAGACUGGACUCCUUCUGAUACCACCAAAGAAUGGACUCCUUCACAUAGCACACAAAAAUGGAACCUUACUUAUAGCACCAAUGGAAGGUCUUUGAUUAUACAAGGUUUACAUGCAGCUCCACCCAACAGAAAGACAUGACGUAGAAUCAUAAAUUCAAUGAUCUUAUAAAUAGAUUAUUAAACAAAGAAAACGCAAUUUAAAAAAUCAACUGCGGUUUAUCUCUCCUUUAUUAGUUACAUUUAUGUCAUUUGUAACAUUUUUUUCAGUUUGUUCAAUUUGUUACUUUACGCUUGUAACAUUACUUGCUUAAAUGUCUUGCUGAUGACAUGCACGUGUCUCGUCGGUCAGGAAGACUUGAAUGUCAUCCUAGUGGACUGGCAGGCAGGAGCCAAAGGACCCAACUACUACCAGGCUGUGGCGAACACACGAGUCGUUGGCGCCAUGAUCGGACGUCUCAUCCAGGACUUUCACACUGUCGCCAAUGCUAACUUCGGGGUAAGCCAGGAGUUUGGGGUGCAUGUGUUUGAUAGAUGCACACUUACUUCGGGGUAAGCCAACAGUUUAAGGUGCAUGUGGCUGGUCAUUAACACUUAACAUUUAUCUUAAAACUAGACAAAUGACACAUUUUAUCACACUGGCUGAUUUUUUAUGCCAUAGAUGAGCUUCAUAUCAUUGAUGGGUAGACAGCAGACGAGAAUUUGAAACAAAUUACAGUGUUAUUAUAUUUGGUAUUGCACUUGAAAUAACGUGACUUUUCCUUACGCAACUAUUUAAUGUUGCAUUUUGUCAUGGUGCUAUCAUGGCCUUUCUAUUUCAGAACUUCCAUCUGAUUGGUCACAGCUUAGGAGCUCAGAUUAUGGGAUACGCUGGAAAAGAAAUUUUCCGCUUAACCAAUCAAAAAGUGGGUCGUAUCUCAGGUAGGAAUAGUUGAAUUGUAUGCGCCAAUACAACAAACAAACAACAACAGUACACACACAUCCGCAUCUUAAACGUGUACGUGUGUUCGUUUACGGUGCAACUCAUCAGACCACAACUCGCCAGACCACAACUCGCCAGACCACAACUCGCCAGACCACAACUCACCAGACCACAACUCGUCAGACCACAACUCGCCAGACCACAACUCACCAGACCACAAGUCGCCAGACCAUAGCUCGCCAGACCACAACUCACCAGACCACAACCCGCCAGACCACAACUCGCCAGACCACAAGUCGCCAGACCACAACUCGCCAGACCACAACUCGCCAGACCACAGCUCGCCAGACCACAAGUCGCCAGCCCACAACCCGCCUAACUCGCCAGACCACAACUCACCAGACCACAACUCGCCAGACCACAACUCGCCAGACCACAACUCACCAGACCACAACCCGCCAGACCACAACUCGCCAGACCACAACUCGCCAGACCACAACUCGCCAGACCACAACUCGCCAGACCACAGCUCGCCAGACCACAAGUCGCCAGACCACAACUCGCCAGACCACAAGUCGCCAGAAUACAGCUCGCCAGACCACAGCUCGCCAGACCACAGCUCGCCAGACCACAAGUCGCCAGACCACAACUCGCCAGACCACAACUCGCCAGACCACAACUUGUUCCCAGAAGUGAAGAGGAAUAUAUGUUGAUUAGUUGAAGACAUUGGUCUUUCGAAGGAGGAAAUUAUGUUCACAUUUGAACAUACUUGUGCACUCGUAAAGGAAUGUUUGAUGUCUAUUGUUAUGAAAGGAAAGUGUACUGUAGCAACGGAAUGGGAAAUGAUCAUGAAAUCGGUUUUCAGCAGGUGCUGCAUUCCCCCCCCCCCCACAGCUGGAGCUAAGCACCGUCACAGCUGGAGCUAUACUCCGCCACAGCUGGAGCUAUUCACCGUUACAGCUGGGCCUAUUCCCCGUUAAAGUUGGAGCUAUGCAACAUUACAGCUGGAACUACGCAUCGCUACAGCUGAAACUACGCACCGUCACAGCUGGAGCUAGGCCACAUCACAGCUGGAACUAUGCACCACCAAGGCUGGAGCUAUGCACCGUCAAAGCUGGAGCUAUGCACUGUUACAGCUGAAGCUACGCACUGUCACAGGUGGAGCUAGGCACAAUCACAGCUGGAACUAUGCACCGUUGACAAACACAGGAUUCGGGAGCUUCAGUACAUUUAAAUAUUUUGUCUCUAAGUUUUGUUGUUAAAAAUUUUUUAUUACAAUAUUAUAACACAGUUAGAUAUUCAAUGAAUAAGCAUUUAAUUCCCCACUAAUAAUUUUACUGAAAAAAAUGUGUCCACACAAACGCCAUUGUUUUUGGUUUCUUUUUUGAUCGAAAGGCCUUGACCCCGCUGGUCCCGGCUUUGAGAACUACAGUGACUUUGUGAGAAUCGACAAAAGUGAUGGUCAAUUUGUGGAUAUCAUGCACACAGACGCAGAGCUAUUACUUAACUCAGGUACACAUGAAUGUCUUUAAUUAACUCAUGUACACAGAUGCAGAGCCAUUACUUAACUCUGGUACACAUGAAUGUCUUUAAUUAACUCAUUACAAAAAAUAUCAUUUACUUAACCCAGGUACAUACAUAGAAAAGUCUCUUGUGUAAACAUUACUUGAGAUACCAAUUAGAUUUCAUCAGCCAUUGCCAAACCUUACAAAAAAAAACCACAGACCAACAAUGAGUCCAAUCCAUUCAAUUAACAGCCCAAAAUUCAUGCAGAGCAAUGUAUACACUCCAACAUUCACGCAUACCCCCUCAAUAAACACUGUCCACCAGCUACACCAACCGCUAAAUAAACACAUCCAACAUUCAUGCAACCCACCCCCCCCCCCCCCCNCCCCAAUUCUAUCAACAGUCCAACUUAAUGUCAACCCACUUAACUGAAGAUUGUUGAUCAUUUCUCGCCCAGGUUUUGGAACCCGUUUCUCUAUCGGUCAUGUUGACUUCUACCCUAACGGUGGGGUCCACCAGCCUGGCUGCCCACCAGAGACCUACGGCAUCCUCUCCAUGAUCAGCUUCGAAUGUAAUCUUGUUAUUUUUUUUGUGGUGGGGUUGGCUGUUGAAGUUGAUAGAUAUCAGAUCAAUGCUAACUUUAAGUGUGGUGGAGUUGGCUGUUGAAUUUGAUAAAUAUUAGAUCAACAGUAACUUUAAAAGUGGUGUUGUUGGCUCUUGAAGUUGAUACAUAUAAUACCAACAGUAACUUUAAAUAUGUAGUGGUUGGCUGUUGAAGUUAAUACAUAUAAGGGCAACAGUAACUUUAUUUAUGGUGGGGUUGGCUGUUGUAGUUGAUAAAUAUUAGAUCAACAGUAACUUUAAAAGUGGUGUGAUUGGCUAUUGGAGUUGAUACAUAACAGAUCAACCGUUAUUGACUUCCAAUGUUACACAUAAAAGGAGUAUGCUGAAGCUCCGAUGAUAGUCAGUGCUCUUACCCAUGUCAUAAAUAUAUAUCGCCUUCAUAAAACUCAUAAUCAACAUAACUUAGAUACGUCACUUUGUCACCUUCCAACCCCCGCCCCCAAAAUCUAACAGCAGAAAAGAAUACUGGAGCAUGCAGCCAUGGUCGAGCUGUCGACUACUUCACCUACUCCAUCAACAGAUGUCGCUACAACCCACCCAACGGUGACGCAUCCUGCACGAUGGGAUACCACGUCAGCAGGAGUUGCAAGGGAGACUACCACCCCCACACUACCAGCACAGUGCCAUUUUGUUAGAUUGAGCAGAUUUUGUUUCAAUAAAAAACGCGAAAUAUCCUGGUAGCC